CAUGGAGCUAAAGGUGCCUCACACAAAAUGUCAUAGCGUGCUGCCAACAUGGGGGAACAGGACUUCACGGAGAGCCAGCUUCGAUCCUCAUAAUGUAGUCUGUCACAUUCUGGUUGAUUGAUCAUUUGACAUUUACAGCUUGGUACGUGAUUAGGAUCUUUUAGUUUUGUGGGUUUAAAGGAGUUCUAAACGCGCGUACAGGGACUAUUUAUUUGAAUGAUCACCCACACGGACUUAAAACAAUGGCGAGGCGUAAAAGGCGCAACCCGGUGAAUUGUUGCGCUUAAGCCCGGUCUGGACUACACGGAACCAUUCUGUGAUACAGCAGGGAACCACAGCGGAGCGACAUGGAAAACCCAACCGAGAACCCUACCAGGGCUGUGGAAUAUUUGAAGGAGCUUAACAAGAUCAUCGAGACCCAGCAGGAGUUGCUGGAGAGGCAGAGGGAAAGGAUCGAGGAGCUGGAGCAGCAAGUGUCCGACUUGUGCUCGGAGAACGGCUGUCUGAAGGAGCAGUACAAGCGGCACCUGGCGAACUGCAGGCUGCUGCAAGGCACCAACAGCCUGCUCACCCUGGGGGCCAUAAAGGAACAUAUCACACAGGAAAAGUCUGAAUGUGACUCUUCCAGAAUGGUCAGGAGACAUGCCUCCUUACCGGUCGAAGUCCACGAAAACCCCGGGAGGUCGGUGUCUACAGGCUGCAGAAGAGUCGCCCCCUGCCGUAAAUGGAAGUCUGCUUCCUUUGGUGUGGAAGGGGAUGGACGGCCCAAUGAGAGUGGCCCUUCCCUGGAUGGUGGAGCCAGCUAUGGCCAGGGCCCGGUGACUCACGGCUCAGCCAUCAGCCCCGACCGAUUUGACAGCCCGCUUUACAGCCACGGUGUCCAGCCUGGCCCUCAAAGACCCCGUCGAGCCAAACUCCAGCACUCGCAGUCCAUCAUCCGUAAGCAGGCUGAGGAGGAGGCCAUCAAGCGUUCCCGCUCGCUCUCCGAGAGCUAUGAGCUCUCUGCUGACCUCCAGGAUAAACAGGUGGAGAUGCUGGAGCGUAAAUAUGGUGGACGAUUCAUAACUCGGCAUGCGGCCCGCACCAUCCAGACAGCCUUCCGCCAGUAUCAGAUGAACAAGAACUUUGAACGUCUCAGGAGCUCUAUGUCUGAGAACCGCAUGUCCAGACGCAUCGUUCUCUCCAACAUGAGGAUGCAGCUCUCGUUUGAGGGUCCUGAGAAAGUGCACAGCUCCUACUUUGAAGGAAGGCAGGUUUCCAUGACGGAGGAUGGCGCCCCACUGUCCAUGGUGCAGUCUGAACGUGGAGAUAUAGAGGUACACCAGCAGGCCAACAUGGCGCCUCACCCAACCCCACAGGGUGACCUGACAGAUGCCAUCACGGAGCUGGAGGACGCCUUUUCCCGGCAGGUCAAAUCUCUGGCCGAGUCGAUUGACGAUGCUCUAAACUGUCGCAGCCUUCAGGGCGACGAGGGUCCCGACCCAGAGGCCAUGGGCUGCUCUAAGGUGGAGAGGGAAGGGCCCUAUCAGGUGAAGUCCCACCGCAGGGCAGCUGGACGAAUGCAUGAUGAAACAUUGGCAUCCUAUAAUGAUGUCACUCUGUUCAUCGAUGAGGAGGACAUGAAUCCUUCUAUGGCUCGGUCGAGGUCGGGGGACCAACCCUCCAGCACAGAAUCAGACUUGCGGUUGCGGUCAGUCAACUCCUCACAGGAAUACUGGCCUAUUGACCCCAAAGAUGAGGGUCGUGACACAGACACGAGCUGCCGCAGCACUCCUUCUCUAGAGUGCCAAGAGCAGCGCCUCAGAAUGGACCAUCUUCCUUUGUUGACCAUCGAACCUCCUAGUGACAGCUCAGCGGAGAUCAGUGACCGGUCUGACCGUGGAUCUGUCAAACGGCCGCCUGUGUACGAGCCGCACGGCCACAUCGUGACGUCCUCCCAGGCGAGCCCCAAGCAUAUUUCCCACGGACCCCCGCCACGAGCUUCCUCCCGUGAUGAAGACCCACCGCUGCGCCAUCGCCACCGUCAGCUGGAAGGACACUUGGCUAUAAACGGCUCAGCCAACAGGCAGAGCAAGUCUGAAUCCGACUUCUCCGAUGGGGAUAACGACAGCAUCAAUAGCACAUCCAACUCUAACGACACCAUCAACUGCAGCUCCGAGUCGUCGUCGAGAGACAGCCUACGAGAGCAGACGCUCAGCAAGCAGACGUACCACAAAGAGACUCGCAACAGCUGGGACUCGCCCAUCUUCAGUAAUGAUGUUAUUCGAAAGAGACACUACCGCAUCGGCUUGAAUCUCUUCAACAAGAAGCCAGAAAAGGGCAUCCAGUACUUGACUGAGAGGGGGUUCAUCCCCGACACACCGGUUGGUGUGGCUCACUUCCUGCUGCAGAGGAAGGGGCUCAGCAGGCAGAUGAUUGGAGAAUUUCUCGGAAAUCGACAGAAACAGUUCAACAGAGAUGUUUUGGACUGUGUGGUGGAUGAAAUGGACUUCCAGAGCAUGGAGCUGGACGAGGCUCUCAGGAAAUUUCAGAACCACAUCCGUGUUCAGGGUGAGGCCCAGAAGGUGGAGCGGCUCAUCGAAGCCUUCAGCCAGCGCUACUGCAUCUGUAACCCCACUGUGGUGCGACAGUUCAGGAACCCUGACACCAUCUUCAUCCUCGCUUUUGCCAUCAUCCUCCUCAACACUGACAUGUACAGCCCCAAUGUCAAGCCCGAGAGGAAGAUGAAGAUGGAGGACUUCAUCAAGAAUUUAAGAGGUGUGGAUGAUGGAGAGGAUAUCCCCAGGGAGACUCUGGUCGGCAUCUAUGAGAGGAUCCGUAAGCGAGAGCUCAAGACCAACGAAGACCACGUCUCGCAGGUGCAGAAGGUGGAGAAGCUCAUAGUGGGAAAGAAACCAAUUGGAUCCCUCCACCACGGCUUGGGAUGUGUGCUGUCACUGCCCCAUCGCCGGCUGGUGUGUUACUGCCGCCUGUUUGAAGUGCCAGAUCCCAACAAGCUGCAGAAGCUGGGCCUGCAUCAGCGGGAGAUCUUCCUGUUCAAUGACCUCCUAGUGGUAACCAAGAUUUUCCAGAAAAAGAAGAACUCAGUGACGUACAGCUUCAGACAGUCCUUCUCUCUGUAUGGGAUGCAAGUGAUUCUGUUUGACAAUCAGUAUUACCCAAAUGGAAUCAGACUUACAUCAGCGAUACCAGGUGCUGACAUCAAAGUCCUCAUCAACUUUAAUGCGCCCAACCCCCAAGACCGCAAGAAGUUCACAGACGACCUACGAGAGUCCAUUGCUGAGGUCCAGGAAAUGGAGAAAUACAGAAUAGAGUCCGAGCUGGAGAAGCAGAAAGGAGUGGUGAGGCCCAGCAUGUCGCAGAGCUCCGGUCUGAAGAAGGAAUCUGGAAACGGGAACAUGAACCGUGCCAGUCUGGACGACACCUUCGCCAUGGGUGAGGGCCUGAAGAGGAGCGCCCUCAGCAGCUCGCUGCGAGACCUCUCCGACGCAGGCAAGCGGGGGCGUCGCAGCAGUGCAGGAUCACUAGACAGCAAUAUGGAAGGCUCCAUCAUUAGCAGUCCUCACACACGGCGGAGAGCCACCACGCCACACGAGGGCGACCCCCGCGGCCCCCCCUCCAUCCCCAACUCCGCAUCGACUUCCAUCCUCGGGUCGCUAUUUGGCAGCAAGCGAGGCAAACCGUCAUCGCUGAGCCACGCCCCUUACCCCGCCCCCGGCCAACCCACUCUCAUUUCCCACAAGCCCCACCCCACCAACCUGCAUCACACAGCACAGACGGCACACACAGUGCAGCUCCACUCUCCCCACUCCCAGUACUGCCAAGUCCCCCAGAACCCCCCGCCGUACAACCACCACCACCACUACCAACCGCCCCCCCACACGCAGCACCACCAGCACCCGGGAUACACCUCACACCAACCCCCCCCUCAACAGCACAGCCACUACAGCCAGCAUUCCCAUCACGCCUCACACUCCCAGCAUGCCCCUCACCACCACAGUCAGCAGGUGGGUUCGGCGCCUGGCGGACCCAAACCUAAACACAGUGGCAUCAGCACCGUAGUGUGAUGCUCCUAACGCAGAGAGGAGGAGCGAGGAGGGACUUUAUGAAGGAGGGACAAUUGCUAACACCAAAGGGACUGACAGCAGAACUCUAUGGCCUGUCCACUGUGUUUAACCGCUGCUGUGAUGGGAACCAAUCACACGCAGGCACCUUUUUCACCUCCAGCUCUAAAUAAUAUGCAGGAUGGAAAUCGGACACACACGUUCCACCAGGGGCCUUUUACAAGUUUGCCUGAUCAUGGGCUUGGCCCUAUCAGGGUUUUUGUGGGGGGGAGAUGCUCUUUGUUUUCCACACACACACACACACACACACACACACACACACACACACCGCCCGGCCGUGACGGCUGCAGAGAAAAUGCGUUCUCUCACCAAGCCGCUCCCCACUGCUUCAUUCCUACAAUAACCGGUCUUACCUUCACAUAAUCAGGAGGAAAGGUGUGGCUGACUGUUUUCUCUGUCACAACGAUGGCAUCAUUUCUUGUGCACAGCCUUUCAGAAGUCAACUUACAACUCUUUGGUUUUCAGAUCCUACCAUCAUAUGAAUGCAAUGUGUCGUUGCCUCGCGUAGAGCUCGUGCGUAGUGAAGAUAUAAUCAUUUCACACUAACUUAAAUCAAAGGACAGGUAAACUGCUGAGCCGACCGUCUCAGUCAUUGUAGUUCUAGUGCUGUAUUUACUGUAGAUGACAGCUAUAUGUGUUGUCUCCUAGCUCUCAUAAAUAAAUGUGCCAAUUAUUAAUGCAUAAUCUAUUUAGUCAAGACUUCAUGUACAGUAUAUUGUGCGUAAAGUAAUUUGUAAGAUUAUACUUACAAUUAUUAUUAUCUGCAAAAAUGAAUUUUAUCAGUAUUAUACUGACUCUGGGGUGACAGGAUGAAGAUCUGAAAGGAGUGAACUCCCGCUCAGUCGACCUAUAAUCUGAAUUUUGCUUUUCAAAUGGAUCAGACGGAGCCUCUGGAAGGCAGCUGUUGCAUAUGGGCCUCGAAACACUGAGGUCACAAAGCAGACUUUUCCUGUCAACUCAUGAAUGAUAAACUGGGCUGGUUGGUUAAUCUCAGUUUACUACUCAUACUGUGGCUGCUUAAACUGUAGAUUAGUAGAUUGAAAAGACAUUUUAAAUACCCUCGGGGGCUCAGUUCAAAUGUUACAAAAGGACCCGCAGAACGCGUUGAACAUGUUAAGUCUGUUGCCUUUAAAAUAUGUGACAGCUGCUCUCCUGACUCUUAAAUUCUAAAACAGAAACACGUUUGAAAUCUUCUUUUGCCUUGUUUAGUAUAUUUUUUUUAUUUGCCAACGACGUUUGGUGAGUGAAUAAAAUCAGUUCCUACAUAGUGAAGUAUUUUUUUCAUCUUUUUCUAUCAUAUGUGCAAUAUCUUUGUACUGAUUUUGUACAUUAACAACAAGCAAGGUGUCCCUCCAAUUUGUGCGUUUUUUUCCCGUGUUGCGUCAUUAUUUAUUUAUAUUUGUUUUGACCCCUGUCAGAGUCUUUCUCAGUAAAUUAAUGUGUGGCUGUCCUCGUGGUCGUAUGAGAGGUACAGACUUGGAGUUCAGUGGAAUGUCUAGUAAGUGAUUCUUGCAUGUAAUGUUAUUAAUGUGAGGCUAUCCUCUGCACAUUGUAUAACGAAUCAGUGUUACCAUAGCAAGUUUAAGUGCAAUCAUGUUCAGAAAAUGCAGACUUGUACUGAGAGUGGAAGUCUGUUAUCUUGUUGUCCAGGACGAGAUUCAGGUGAAAAAGAUAUAUCUUUUUUCAUUUGAGAAUAUAUAAAUACUUACUUACACAGUUCACAGUGGAAAGAGGAAUGUGUGUAUAUAUUUUAAUAAAAGGAAUAUGCUUCUCUUUGGGCUGAACAGAAAUAUUUUGCUGGAUAAGCACAUAUGAAAGAACACUUUCAUUUUUUUCAGGAAUUGCAGUUAUGAUAUACAAAAUGCAAACUGAACAAAGGAACUGGGUAUAUGUAAAGAAUAACUUUCUACAUUCUACAAAUAAGAGUCUAUUCUAGUGUGUAAAUUAGUGACAGUAAACAGUUUGUCCCAAUAUUCAGGUUGUAAAUGUAUUUUAACAUUCACAAAGAAAACCAUUGCCAUAAGUCAGGCUUAUUCUCACACAUUUCUCCUCAUGUGAAUUAACAAGGACGUUCAGAUGACAAACAUAUCACAUACCAGACAUUAAUGAUCAGUUGAAUGUGUCUUUCCAUGGAUUUUGUAUUUUUUUGCUAUGAUUCUGAAAUCUUGGGAUGAUGUAAAAACCGAGGAACCUGUUUAUUUUGGUGUGUGUUGUAGUGCUUCAAAUGUCUCCAGUCAUUCUUUGUGAGAAAGUACCCCAACAAUGCACUGCAUGGAUCAUCAUGUGUCCUAUUCACUGUGAGCUGAUGGGGAAGAAAUCAGCCUAUACACUUUGGUUUUCAUUUAUUUUGAUUUUCCUGAUGUUGACGUGUUCUUGUUGCUCUAUGUUAAGCUGGUAGUUAUGAAGCUCGGCAUGCAUUUCAUCAGCAAAAAGCCAUUGUGUAAAUUACAAACAAAAGGAACAUUGCACUUCUGUUGCUGAGGGCUUUCAUCGUGUACAUAUGGGAUUCUGGUGUGCAAACAGAUGAACUGCUUGUAUGGAUGGUUUAUCUUGAAUGAAGGGACCAAGAUGGGGGUUGAAUCAGCUGUACAUAGUGUGUAUAUGAUCAGUACUCUAUUCUGAUAUCUGCAGUUAAGAUCCGGAUGUAUACACAUCACCUCAUAGAUGGAUUAGGGGGUGAUAUAUGAACAUAUCGAUUGUCUCUGCCUCCAGUGAACAGACAUGUGCUGUAUAACUCAAAAACAGACUGUUAGGAAGUUUGCUGCCAUUUCACAUCCAGCUCUCUUUUCAUACAAACAACCCCCAACACACACACACACGCGUGUACAAAAAACACACAUCCUGCUGCAAGCUGUUCAGUCUGGCGUGAGACACAUAUAAAAAGAAAAAAGACAAGAAUGGCCUCAUUUAUAUGUGCAUUCUGUUUGUACAGUGAGUAGUGAGUCAGUAAGACCCCAGUUAUUGUAAAACUUCAACUGUGACAAUGUUGAGAACGCAAAAUAAACGAAUAUAUGACUUAUGGUA